AUGGUGGUUCGGUUACAUCAUGUUGAAGUGCUUUGUCAGAAUUUAGAGCAAAGCCUGAAACAAUUCUGUGAGAAAUUUGGAUUUAAUGUGCUAGCUCGUUCAUCUUCCCCUAAUCGAUUUACGUUAAACCGCGAUGCAAUAAAUUUCGUACUGAGUGAAGGGGCGCGGGAAAGAGACACAGUGUUCAACGUUGCCCUUGAAGUCAAAGAUGUAAAACAAGUGGUAGAUGUUGUAAAAAGAAACGAUGGUAAAGUAAUCAGAGAACCAGAAAUUCUCUCCGAUAGCAAUGGAAAAGUGGAGUCCGCUGUAGUACAAACUCCCGUCGGCAAUGUUGUCCAUACAUUGUUAAAUGCGUCUGGUUAUAAUGGAGUAUUUUUGCCGGGGUUCGAUGUUUUCGACAACAAGAUGGCGUUACCGAAAACGCUUUGUUAUGCAACAGACUCGUCAAAUUCCCGAACAAUUAUAAAGGAUCGCAUUUUAACGCAUUUUGAUCACAUAACUUUUGCGUGUCCUCUUGGGACUUCUCAGACGGUUAUGAAGUGGUAUGAAAAAUGUUUUGGAUUCACCAGGUUCAGUAUUAACUCUGAUGAAACCCAAGAUGGGUUCGUGGUGCAGAGUGCAAUACAAGGUGCAAGCAUUGGAAUGAAGUUAACUGCGAUGCAAUACUGGUUUUGUUCAGAGUCAGAGCUUAGAAUAGACACUGACGAGCCAGGAGGAGGCGUAAAAUUUGUUUUCGCAGAACCACUCCCUGGGCAAGGUUAGUGGUACAUUAGGUGGGAGGGCGUGGAUAUGGACCAGGGGGGACAGGUCUUGAGUUUUUGUGUUUACAGUUUCCAUAGAAACUGUAACACUAUGCAGUCAUGUUGAAUGACCAUAAUGUUCAUAAGAAAAGCGAUAAUUCUGAAGGCCAGAUACAAAAUACUGUUUGAUUCAGUUCGGAAACAAGUAGAGUCUGUUAGUUCUAGUUGUUGCUUGUUCCUUUUAGCAAUUAUUUUUUUCUAGUCAAAAGACAUUUUGCAAAAGAAGGAUAACAGUGGUCAUCGAUGUGCUGCAUAAUAUGCAAGUGAAGUGUGAGUUGUUGUGUCAGAAAAAUAAGCGAGACCUGUUGCUCAAAAAAAAAAUGUUUCCUCAAUGUAAGAAGUCACACUUUAUUUUCUCUUCAAUGCUAGUCAUCGGCAUGCUGUAUGACAUGAUGGUGAAGCGUAACUUAAUGCAUCAGAUAAAUUAGUGUGUUCUUAUGCUUUGGAAAUUUUUUUCUUCCAUGCAAGAAAUCACACUUUAUUUUCUUCAACAAAACAGGUUACGUUUCAUGCUUAUAUGACAUAGCAAGCUGAUAAAAUCGCAUGUCCCGACAGACGUAACAAAAACUGUAAACAUAUGUUCUCGCUCUCUUUAGAGAGCUAUAAUUUUGAAGAAAAUAGGUGCUCAUGAUUAGCAUACUGUGUCUGUGUAUGGGUUACUUACGCUUAUGGCUGCAUUGUUGGUGUAAGUGUCUUAUUACCUUAAAAUUAAAUUAAGGUUAAAAUUUUUAACCUAAGUUGAAUUAGGGAGGAGACAAAGAAUAUUGAGAAGCAACCUGGGGAUAAAAAGAUUUAACCUGAAUUUAAUUUUGACCCAUAACAUAAUCAAUGCUAUAGAUAUAGAGACUGUGAUCUUUCACCGUCAAACUCAAAAAACUAUGUAAAGCUGAAAAAUUUUGAGAACAUUGAUUGUGUAGUGACGAAUAACAAUUGUUGUGGAAUUAUUCUCUUCCUUGACAUGCAUUUUCUUAGAAAGGGCAGGUAUCAAAGACCUGCCAUAGCCCCACUUGUUUGAAAGUUGGAUGCCUGGGAGCUCACAAAUAGUUGAUACUAUUACAUCAUCCACUGGAUAGACAGUUAGCCUGUGUGAAGCUGUAUCCACCUUUCCAAACAGCUACAUGUCCAGGGUGCAAAGAAAGUCAGUUUUACAGCCUGCCAUUCGGGCAAGCUGUAGCUAGCAUGUACUAGCCCACAAGUCAUUUCAACUAGCCCCCAAACUCUUUUUGAUUAGCAAGAUUGAUUACAAUCCUUCUGUAUUUGAAUUUCCCCCCAAAACAGCACCUGCCCGUCAUGCAAGUUAAGAACAAAAAUCACUAGCCCAACAGCAAAAUCCACUGGCCCCAGGCUAUUGGACACAACUUUCUUUGCACGCUGAUGUCACACCUACUUACUGUUUUAUCAGUGCAAAAUCAAUUUUUGGUUUUAGGUCCAAACCAAGUGCAGACAUUUUUGACUGAACAUGGAGGACCAGGUAUACAGCACAUAGGUCUUCAUACUCCAGAUAUCACUGAAGCAGUAGCAGCAUUAAAGGAUAAUGGAGUUGCAUUUAUUGAUCCUCCUGCUGCUUAUUACUCUGAGGUUUGUGGCAGAAAUGUAGUGGUGACAUGCUUAUUUAUUGUCAAACUUGCCCCAUUCACAACUCAAAAUUUUGCCAAAAACAAUGUUUGAGGCUAAUCACCAUCUGGGUGAGAAAGAACCAAAUCUAGCCAAACUGUUGUUUACAAAGUAGAACACUAAGUUGACAAGAAUUGUUGGCAAAAGUAUUGUAUUGUCACCUUAAGAUUACAUUCAUAGACACAAAGACCUAAACAGCAAAAUGUUACAUGCAUCAAAAUGACUUGUCAUGGUCAUUGUUAGUAAUGACAUUUUUAUUUACAUGAACAAGAUUCUCAAAAAACAUCAUGUUUCUAUGAAAAAUUAAUUAAAAAUAAACCUGUUUUGUAGGAAGGCAAAUUACAGGAGAUAAAAUAUGUGGGUGAGUGUGUGGAGUCUCUUCAAAAUCAUGGUGUCUUGUUAGAUGCUGAGAGCUUCAUCGUAAAAGAAAAUACAGAGUCUUCUGCUGCUCAGGACACAAAGUGAGUGAUUUGGGUUAAUUUAGCACGCUCGUUCUGUUACAGGCAUGAUCCAUGUGGCUAAAGACCUUGGGAAAUUUUGGUCCAGAACAGAGUGGAUUGGUUUGGUCCAUCUGGAAGAAGCUUUGGGGCAAAAAGGUCAUUUCCAGGUCAGGAAAUGGCCAGAGAAAAAUUUACUUCUUUAAGUCAAAGAAUUUUAUUAUGAGCCAGGGAAAAUUGAAAUUUUGAAGAGGCUGGAAGAAGCUUUUCAGGCUUUUCAGGUCCUGUGGUCUCAAGUGCCAUAAGCUCAGGAUAUGAGCGCUAUAUAAAUAAAGUUAUUAAGGACAUCUUUCAGUAAUGGAGAAAGCAAAAUGUCACUGUCAAGUUAGGUAAAAUGUUAUAUUCUUUGGUUGGGCAAAUUGUAUUUUUAUCAGGGAAGAUUAGAGAAUUUUGAAAACUGAGGACUUGCAGCAACCAUGUUUUAUGACCUAUAUUUCAUGAAAGUUUUUCUAUAAAAUGAGUAAAUUACAAAUGUAUAUAAAGGGUUUAGUUUAUCAUUUGUCUCACAAUUGUCACUUUGAUAUUGAUCGGGACGUUUCAACUGCACACUGCAGGUCUUCAUCAGGCGAUAGUGUUGAUUUACUGAGUCAGACUAUUUGUACCACUGUGGUUGUUAGUGAUUGGUGUAUCACAUUCCUCGCUCAUUGUUGGUGGGUUUUCGAUCCUAAGCAUUGUUGGUAUUGUCAGAGGAAGAAACUGAUUCCUCAGAGGUCCGCUGUGACAGUGAUCGGCUGUUAUGUUGUGUGAUUGUUGGUAUCCACACUUCAGGAAUCUCAAUUCCACUGCCCCUGUUGACGGUGUUAGGAUGAAGUCUUAUGUGGAUAGCCUCUUUAACUCUUCAAGAAGAACCGGUGACAGUCUCGGUCAACUUAACUUCGUCCCAGAGGGGAUAAUGCCCGGUCUUAUUAGCAUGUUCAGAAAUGGCUGAAGUUUGAGUUUGUGAAAGCUGUGUAUCCCUAUCAUGCUUCUUAAUCCCUUCAUGCAUGCACCUUCCAGUUUCGCCAAUGUAUACUUUGCCAAAUGCACAAGGAAUCUUACACUCUACUCCAUCUUGUUUUUGUGAAUCAACAGGAUCCUUAGGUUAUACUAAGUGUGAUCUUAGUGUUGUAUUGGACUUGAGCGAGGUACCUGAUACACCAAUCACUAACGACCACGGUGGUACAAGUAGUCGGACUCAGUCAAUCAACACUAUCGCCUGAUGAAGACCUGCAGUGAUUAGUCAAAACAUCACGAUCAAUGUCAGUGACAAUUGUGAGACAAACAAUAAACUAAACCCUUUGUACACAUUAUCCAUGAUGAUUGAUAUCUUUCAUGACAUGAGUAAAUAAUUACUUUCUUCAAUUUCCUGCAGGUAUCUGAUGCAAGUGUUUACACGACCAUUGUUUAAUAAGGACACCUUCUUUCUGGAGGUUAUACAGCGAUGUGGUGCAACUGGGUUUGGAGCUGGCAACAUAACUGCUUUAUGGAAAGCUGUGGAUUCCUAUUUAAGCAAGAAAAAGUAG